GGGUUACGGUGGCGGGAAAAGGCGGCGCGAGAAUGGAGGCGCAGGAGAGCGGUGGUGGCACGGGCGAGUGCGGGGCCCAGGACGCUGCUCCAGGCCCUAGCAAGGCCCCCGGCAGCGCCGGCCACUACGAGCUGCCGUGGGUUGAAAAAUACAGACCAGUGAAGUUGAAUGAAAUUGUUGGGAAUGAAGACACCGUGAGCAGGCUGGAGGUCUUUGCAAGAGAAGGGAACGUGCCCAACAUCAUUAUCGCUGGCCCCCCGGGAACCGGCAAGACCACCAGCAUCCUGUGUUUGGCACGAGCCCUGCUGGGCCCGGCUGUCAAGGAUGCAGUUUUGGAGCUCAAUGCCUCAAACGACAGGGGCAUCGAUGUUGUGAGGAACAAAAUCAAAAUGUUUGCCCAGCAGAAAGUCACCCUGCCCAAAGGACGGCACAAGAUCAUCAUCCUGGACGAAGCAGACAGCAUGACUGAUGGAGCGCAGCAAGCCUUGAGGAGGACCAUGGAGAUCUACUCCAAGACCACCCGCUUUGCUCUCGCUUGUAACGCGUCGGAUAAAAUCAUAGAGCCCAUCCAGUCCCGCUGCGCCGUCCUCCGCUACACGAAGCUGACCGACGCCCAGAUUCUCGCCAGGCUCCUGAGCGUCAUCGAGAAGGAGAGUGUGCAGUACACGGACGACGGCCUGGAAGCCAUCAUCUUCACCGCCCAGGGCGACAUGAGGCAGGCUUUGAACAACUUGCAGUCUACUUACUCGGGAUUUGGCUUCAUCAACAGUGAGAAUGUGUUCAAGGUCUGUGACGAGCCCCACCCCUUGCUGGUAAAGGAGAUGAUCCAGCAUUGUGUGAGCGCCGACAUCGACGAGGCCUAUAAGAUCCUUGCUCACCUGUGGCAUCUUGGCUAUUCCCCAGAAGACAUCAUCAGCAACAUUUUUCGAGUGUGUAAAACCUUCCAGAUGGCAGAAUACUUGAAACUGGAGUUUAUCAAGGAAAUUGGAUACACACAUAUGAAAAUAGCAGAAGGUGUGAACUCCCUUCUGCAGAUGGCAGGGCUCCUGGCCAGGCUGUGUCAGAAGACAAUGGCCCCAGUGGCCAGUUAGAGCAGAAGCCUCUCUUGCUGGGUUACGAGAGUCCUUAUUGCUGAGUCACAGCCUUUGGUUCGGAAAAAGUGAUGCCCUGGGCCGACCCUGGAGCGCAUCUUCCUGGUCUUCACCUUGCUUCCAGCACAUCUCCCCUGCUCCUGGAGUAUUCACACUCAGCCUCAGACUCACGAUGUGGUGAGAGGGUGGGAAGGGACCCUCUAGGACACGGCCCCCGGUCUGUGCUUGUGUUGGCAUUUUACUAAUAAAACCUUACAGUUUUGUGGCAGAAAGGUGGCAGUGCCAGGCCACAAGGAAAACCAGCUUCCUGUCUCUGUGUACACCCCUAGCGUCCUGCAGGGAGAGGGGUGGUUUUGAUAAUAGACUGGACAGGAUAAUCUCAGUUUUUCUAGAAGCCAUAAGGACAAUCCCACAGGGUGAGCCUGGGUUUGCUAUAAUUUCCCAGCCUCUCAGAGCAGCCCAGGGCCCUGAGUCCUUCAGAAAGGGCUUGGCAAGAAUCACCGAGGAGCGCUUCCCUGGCGGUCCAGUGGUGGAGACUUUGCACUUCUACUGCAGGGGGCACAGGUUCGAUCCCUGAUCGGGGAACUAAGAUCCAGCAUGCUUUGAGGGGCAGCCAGAAAAAUUUUAAAAAUAAAUAAACAUACAUUUUUUUAAAAAAAAGUCAAAGAGGAGGAUAGUGCAGAUAGAUGCAGAGGAACUUCCCUCCAGGUCACCUUUUCUGUGUAGCUGGGUGUAUCUGUUGCUUUAGAAUUUCCCAGUGAUUUUUGUAGAAUUGCUUUUUUGUUUGUUUAUUGGCAAAAAGCUAUUUUUCCCCAUGUUUAAAAAUUAUGGAAAAUAAUCAUUGUAGAUAAUACAGAGAAUGAUAUGGUGAACUUUCACAUAACUCAUCUUAA